AUGAAUGAAGAAGACAAGAGGCUAGCGGAUAUCGAGCUGGAAGCCAGUCCAGAACGUUUCGCGGUUGGAGGUGGGCCUACGCCGUCGACAGAGAGGCCAAUGCAUCCUACAGAGAAAGAGGAGAGGAGGGAGGCGCUGUCACGAACAGUGACCGGGGCGAGCACUUCGAGUUCAGGCUCCUCUUCUUCGGGCGAAUCGGUGGAGAGACAAGAGAUUGGAGUUUCGAGGAUGGCGACGCAGCGGGACGAUGUCGAUCUCGAGAGGCAUCCAACAGCGUUGAGCCGGAUACAGACUGGAAGAAGUCAGCACAGCCAAACAGUGGGAGCAAGUCUGCGGUCUAGGACGACUAGUAGACAUACCAAGCAACCGCUGCCGAACUUUGGUGCAGGGAAGCCAUUUCCGCCGCCACUACCAGACCGAGAAGAGUACGUCGUGGAGUUUGAUGGGCCAAACGAUCCUCUCCACGCUCAGAAUUGGCCAUUGAAGAAGAAGUUGCCGGUGGCGAUCGUCCUCGGAUAUGUGACCUUGACGGCAGCCUUCGGUUCAUCAAUCUUCUCGACGGCCACCCAGACUGUUGCGCAGCAGUUCAACGUAUCGCGCGAAGUAGGCAUCCUAGGCGUUUCAUUAUACGUUCUUGGGUUCGCUACGGGUCCCAUAGUAUGGGCUCCGUCGUCAGAGCUGUACGGACGCAAAGCUCCCCUCCUGAUCUCGUCGUUUGGAUUCUCGAUCUUCAACAUCGCGGUGGCUGUUGCAAAGGAUGCACAAACGAUCUUCAUCUGCCGCUUCUUCGCUGGAUUCUUCGGGGCUUGUCCAUUGACGUGUGUUGGUGCUGUCUUCGCUGACAUGUUCAGCAACCGGCAACGUGGACUCGCAAUCACAGUCUUCAGUAUGACUGUGUUCAGUGGACCGCUCUUAGCACCCUUUAUUGGUGGCUUCAUCAAUAUGAGCUAUCUUGGAUGGCGAUGGACCGAGUACAUCACUGCCAUCAUGGGCUUUCUCGGCUUGGGCUUGUCGGUCAUCUUCCUCGAAGAGACGUAUCCACCGGUCAUUCUCGUCAACAAAGCCUCCGAUCUGAGGAAGCGGACCAAGAAUUGGGGCAUUCACGCCAAGCAAGAAGAGAUCGAAGUCGACUUCCGCGAGCUGCUGGAGAAGAAUUUGUCCCGUCCGAUGCGCAUGCUCUUCACCGAACCGAUCGUGCUUCUCAUCUCGAUCUACAUGGCUUUCAUUUACGGCUUGCUGUACCUCUUCUUAACCUUCUACCCGAUCGUCUUCCAGCAGAUCCACGGAUUCAACCCUGGAGUCGGCGGCCUGCCCUUCUUUGGCAUGAUCGUCGGUGAGAUGCUGGCGGGUCUGUACAUGAUCUUGCUGCAACCCGGUUACAACAGGAAGCUGGCGGCGAACAACAACAUGCCCAUCCCCGAAUGGCGUUUGCCUCCUGUCAUCGUCGGUGGCGUAUUCUUCGGCAUCGGGUUGCUUUGGUAUGGCUGGACUGGGUACAGAGCCGACAUCCACUGGAUCGCGCCCACGUUGUCUGGUCUUUGCACUGGCUUCGGCCUCAUGAGCAUCUUCCUUCAGUGUUUGAAUUACCUCAUCGACGCCUAUCUCAUGUUUGCCGCCUCUGCAAUUGCGGCCAACACCUUCCUGCGAUCCCUAGCAGGCGCUGGCUUCCCUCUCUUUGCCACUCAGAUGAUCAAGGGCAUGGGCGUCCAAUGGGCCGGCACCCUCCUCGGUUGUGUCGCCUUCGCGCUCGUCCCAAUGCCCGUCUACUUCUACCUCCGAGGCUCCAAGAUCCGCGAGAAGUCCAACUUCGCCCCGACGUUCCCCAUGGCGACGCAGGCUGCGCACUCGCCGAGCGAAAGCGACGAUCCUGGGAAUGAGAAGUUGGAGUAG